AUGCAAAUUGAAGAUUUUCCACCUGAAGUUUAUGGGUUUCUUGUUAAAUAUCCACCAAAGAAACGCGCUAUAGUUGUAGAAAGAUUAUUGACCUAUGCUAUAAAGAAAAUGGAGCACAAAGUUAGUCAACGACAAGAAAAGAAACAUGUGUGUGAACCUUCUUGGUGGGAAGACCAAGAAGCAAAUGUCAAACCAUCCACCUCAAAAAAAGGCAAACAAUCUGAAAAACACAAUAAUAAUAUUAAUAACGAUGAUUGUUUUCCCAAGAGGAUGGUAGAUGAGAUGACUCAGACAUCAAAUCCAUAUAUUACUGGGCCUAAACCUGCUGUUAAGGGAUCAAGAGGGUAUAAAAAAAUGUUAGCUGGCAAAAAUAAUCCAAUAGAACCUCCUCCCAUCGAAGAUAUGAUGAUGCCAUCUCUCUCAUCUAAAAAAAAGAAAUCUUUACGAUCUGAAAGGCAACUCUAUUAUGCAGCAACUCUCAAUAAUUUAGAAGAAUCAGAGGAGCAAUCAAGUUCUUCCUCACAAAGUUCAUCAUAUUCAUGGAAUAAAAGAUCGACUAAAAAUGCUGAAAUAGUUCCAGAUUUUUGUGCAGAUCCAUUUGUAGUUUCUUCUUUGAAGAAAAUGACAUUGCAGAAACCUUUAACAUUUGAAACUCGUGCUUCAUCUCGGAAUGUAAGGUCAAUCUUACCGUCACCAAAAGUAGUACCUCAAAAGCCGAAUGGAAAACCCAAUUCUAAUUCAUCAAAAGAACAACAACAAAAGCCGCCACAACAAUCCAAACUUAAAGUGAAUUCUUUAAAUGAAAAAAAGAUCGCUAUCAACUUUACUUCAAUUCCUUCUUCUAAAUCCACAGCCGAUAUUGCACGCGAAUUUCUUGAAAGUACUUUUGUGGCUUAUUUAAAUCCUCCAGCAAAGAACGAUAAUCAAAAUUAUGAAAAGUCUGGUAAUGAUCUAAAAGAAAUAAUUCUGAAAGCAAGGGAAAAGGUGCGUGUAAAAGAAGAAAAUUAUCUAAUUUGA